GCUGCGGAAUUCGAUGGUGAUGACGGUAAGCGAGAUGUGAAGUCAGCACGGGUUGCUAUGGUUGGAGGUCAAACGACAUCCAAAUCCAACAAAGCGGUCGUAUGCUUGCCAGAUGUGCCCCAUCCUGAUCUCUCAUGGCUUUGUCCGGAUGAAGAAAUCCUUUCAGCAUGUCCACAGCAUCGAUAUGGAUCUCUUUCGGAAUCUGGGCCAAUUUUGGGCAUAGGAGGAUUUAUUAGUGAAGAAGCUGUUUUUGAUGAUCACUUUUUCGGCAUCCCCAAAUCUGUGGAUUUAUGGCCAGAGGGGUUGGUCAGUUUGGCCGAGUAUCCACUUAUGCGUCCAAUUCUGUUACAUUGUCAUUUAUGGGAUGCAUUUGCGACGUAUAUGUCUUUACCAAUUUCUCAAGUGUGA